CCGCACGCCACGCCCCCCUUUUGUUGUAGUGCACAACAACUCAGCACACAACAACUCAGCACGCGCACUCACGCACAUGCAUGCGUACUGACCCUUGUGCAAAACACCAUUUUCCUCUCGUUCUCAACAACCAGUGGACCCUGGUACUUGUUUUAACCUAUCAUCUUCCCGUCUCCCAGCUUACCCUCAAGAUGCUCGACGGUGUUCAGAGGCCGCGCCUGAUUGGCGCUGCAAUUGGCUUUGCUUUCAUGUUCAUCGGCUCCUGCCUGCUGUGGAACCUGUACGCGGACCUGGGACUCCCCAUGGACUCAGAGGCCGCCAUCAACUACUACAUCUUCGUGCUCUGGCUGCUUGGUGCUCUUUGUAUCUUCGCUGUCAUCAAGCUCGAGGCCGCCGCCAAGCACAACGCCAUGAUCAUCGCCGCCUACGCUAUCUUUGCCAGCUUCUUCACUGGCAACGGCAAUCCUGCCGGCAUCCCCACCGCUUUCUCCGUCCUCAACCUCCUCCGCGAUCAGCUUUCCCCCCAGGCCUUCUCUGGCGGUCUGCUGGCCAUUUCUGGCAUGGUUCUCAGCCUUGUCAGCGCCUCUGCCCGCAUGAACAUCACUGACAGCGGCAAGAUUAUCAAGCUUGCUGCCACCGCCGUCUCCCUUGUCACUGGCUUCAUCGGCGUCAUCAUCUUCUGGGCCCACGACGACCUGAAGGACCCCACGAACACCGGCACCUACACGUACACUGGCGCCGUCCUUGUUGGCAUGUUCGCUGCCGUCAUCACCACCCUCGGCUCCCACAAGGGCGUUGCCGGCUUCCUCCUUGCCUACCUCGGCUUCUUCUCCAUCUUCGCCCUCUCCAGCGGUCUGACCAUCUCCGGCUCUGUGACCGGCAGUGCCCGCGACGCCGCCCGCGCAGGCAUGGUUCUCUGCACCGUCAGCGCCCUCACUGCCAUCGUCCCGGGCUUCAUCGUCUACCAGGAGGAGACGUCCGAGUAAACGCUCGUGUGUGUGUGUGUGUGUGUGCGUGUGUGUGU